AUGAUGAAGCGAGUUGCGUCGAGAAUUUUGGGCAGCCAAGCCACAAAGAAGAAUUUUUCGUCUGCCUUGAUGAUUCAUCAUCAGCCACAACAAAAUUGUUAUUCAUCAUCGGCAAGAAAUGUCAAACCAACAGUGACCAUCUUUGGAGGCAGUGGAUUUGUUGGCCAACAAAUUUUGAAACGUAUCGCCCCUCAGUGCGAGAAAGUUAUUAUCGCUUGUAGAGGAGUCUCUGAAUUUGAACAUCAAGCAAGACACUAUGACAAUGUUAGCGUUGUCUAUUCUGAUGUUACCGAUAAGGAUACAAUUGACAGUGCAAUUUACGGAAGUGAUGUUGUUAUUAAUCUUGUUGGCCUUCUUUAUGAAAGUGAUAAUACUUUUGUUGAGGCUCAUAUUGAUGGAGCCAGCAAUGUUUCUCAUAGUGCUCAUAGAUUAGGUGUUGAUCAAAUGAUUCAAUUUAGUUUCCUCAAUUCCGAGCUCGAUUCCCCAUCAUGGUGGUCAGAUACUCGUUACAGAUCGGAGGAUAUUGUCUAUUCUAAUUUUCCAACAGCAACAUUUGUAAAGCCAAGCAUUAUGUUCGAUAAGAAGGAAAAUAUCUAUUCUGGAGCUUACAUUAACAGACUCGGAAGAACUCCUUUGAGAUUCCUACCAGUAAUUCCUGCUCCUUUACAUGACGCUAAACUUCAACCUGUUUUUGUGAAUGAUGUUAUUGAUGCUGUAGAGAAGGUCAUUUUCUCCAAAGUGGAAGAAACUAGAGGAAAGAGCUUGUAUUUGGCAGGUCCAGAGGUAAUGACACUUCAACAAAUGAUGUCGAAAGCUUUUGGAAAGCCAGCAUUACCAGUCUGGUAUCCAGUAUUUGAUUUUAUUCUUGGAUGUACACAAAUGUUACCAAAUCCUGUUGUCACUCGUGACCAAUUCCUUGUUUUGAAACAACAUGGUGGUGAUUUAACUCUUAAUUCCACAUUGGAGAGAAUCGAACCAUCUGUAAAAAGGACCAUCAUGACCUUUGAAGAUUUAGACAUUCAACCCAAGUCUUUGACCUCUCAAUAUUGA